AUGUGCUUGACAGAAACAUUCAGCAGUUCGGACUUGUCCAUUUAUGUGUUGCGUUUUCAUGGGCCAUCAAACAGUGAAGGGGCUGCCAAGGUCAACCUCCUGAAGAGGGUCCCGGCGCUGAAGGAUGGAGACUUCACCCUAGCAGAAUGCACCGCUAUCCUCCUGUACCUGAGCCGAAAGUACAACACUCCUGACCACUGGUACCCGUCGGACAUACAGAAACGGGCCCAGGUAGAUGAGUACCUCUCCUGGCAUCACGCUAACAUCCGGGCUAAUGCUCCUAAGACCAUGUGGAUCAAGGUGCUGAUUCCCCUCUUCACUGGGCAGCCCCUGCCCACAGAGAAGCUCCAGGAGGUUAUGGAGGGGCUGUCCACUUCGCUGAAGCAGUUUGAGGAGAGGUUCCUUCAGGACAAGGCUUUCAUCAUCGGCAGCGAGAUCUCUCUUGCGGAUCUCGUGGCCAUUGUGGAGCUGAUGCAGCCCGUCGGAGUCGGCUGCGACGUCUUUGAGGACAGGCCGAGGCUGAUGCGGUGGCGCCAGCGGGUCGAGGAAGCUGUGGGGAAAGAGCUUUUCUUCCAAGCCCAUGAGAUGAUCCUGAAUAUCAAAGAACUGAGCAACAUUCAGAUCGAUCCACGGCUGAAGGAGCACCUGGCACCUGUGUUGAUGAAGAUGCUGAAAUGAAUUAACCUAUGUUA